UCGGAUUAUACUUGCCUUUAGGGAUCUAUCUAGUACUGAAAGAAAAAAAAUAAGAAAGCAAGGAAGGGAAAAGGCUGCACUGAAUGUGAGAUCAUGCAAAAGCUACAAAUCUGUGUUUAUAUUUACCUGUUCAUGCUGAUUAUACUUGAUCCAGUGGCUCUUAAUGACAGUAGUCAACCAAAAGAGAAUGGAGAAAAAGAUGAAUUAUGCAUUGCAUGUACAUGGAGGCAAAAUACGAAAUCUUCCAGAAUAGAAGCCAUAAAAAUUCAAAUCCUCAGCAAACUUCGUCUGGAACAAGCUCCUAAUAUUAGCAGGGAUACUAUAAAACAGCUUUUACCUAAAGCUCCUCCAUUGCAAGAACUGAUUGAUCAGUAUGACGUCCAGAGAGAUGACAGCAGUGAUGGUUCUUUGGAAGAUGAUGAUUAUCAUGCUACAACUGAGACUAUUAUUACAAUGCCUACAGAGUCUGAUUUUCUUGUGCAAAUGGAGGGGAAACCAAAAUGUUGCUUCUUUAAGUUUAGCUCUAAAAUACAAUAUAACAAAGUAGUAAAGGCCCAGUUGUGGAUUUACUUGAGGCAAGUCCAGAAACCUACAACAGUAUUCGUGCAGAUCCUGAGACUCAUCAGACCCAUGAAAGACGGUACAAGAUAUACUGGAAUUCGAUCUUUGAAACUUGACAUGAACCCAGGCACUGGUAUUUGGCAGAGUAUUGAUGUAAAGACUGUGUUACAAAAUUGGCUCAAACAACCUGAAUCCAACUUAGGCAUUGAAAUCAAAGCUUUUGAUGAGAAUGGACGAGAUCUUGCUGUAACUUUCCCAAGACCAGGUGAAGAUGGACUGAAUCCAUUUUUAGAGGUCAGGGUUACAGACACACCAAAAAGAUCUCGUAGGGAUUUUGGCCUUGACUGUGAUGAACACUCAACAGAAUCCCGAUGCUGUCGCUACCCACUGACUGUGGAUUUUGAAGCUUUUGGAUGGGACUGGAUUAUUGCACCCAAGAGAUACAAAGCCAAUUACUGCUCUGGAGAAUGUGAAUUUGUAUUUUUACAGAAAUAUCCGCACACUCAUCUUGUCCACCAAGCAAACCCCAGAGGUUCAGCAGGCCCCUGCUGCACACCUACCAAGAUGUCCCCAAUAAACAUGCUGUAUUUCAAUGGAAAAGAACAAAUAAUAUAUGGAAAGAUACCAGCCAUGGUAGUAGAUCGUUGUGGGUGUUCAUGAGCGCUUUGCUAGAUCCAUUACUUCAUAAAACAUGGAAUCUACCAAAAAAAGUUCUGUCCCCUCUGUAGUUUUGCAAACUGUGAAUUUAUGUACAAUAGGCUAUCGCCUACAUCCAACAGGCUGUACAAAAGGGUACUGUACGGUACAUAUUCAGUACAACACAAGCUACAGAAUGUGAACUAAAAGACAAUAUAUGCAACGGCUGGUUUUUAAACCAGUGAAAAAGAUAAGCUACAAUCAAAAUCACCGGAUUUCUCAAUGAAUUUCUUAUACUAUAAGGGAAUCAGUUUUCAGUUAUUCAGAUACCAAAUUCAUAUACCGGUUUCAACAUAUACAAGUAGACAAAAGCAACCUCCUUGUCCUCCAGAGAACAAAUUUCAUCAUAGCUUCAUUUAGUACUGUAUUUAAAAAAUAUAUACUGGUACAUUUAGCAUUGUCACCAUACCACCAUCUGAAUUGUCCUUAAACACUUGAAUUUUUAGUGUAGAAACACAAAAAGAUGAAAUUCCACAAAAACAGAUAAAUUCAGAAAUUUGGGAUGGCAUAGUGUAUGCAUAAUGUUUCCAUUCCUUUUAUGAUUAGUUUGUUAGUAAUCAAUAUCAAUGGUGCUAUCACAGCAGGCUGAAUAAAAAUAAAAGCAGUUAUCAAGCUGAAAGAACACAGUACAAUAAUGAAUUCCCCCUCUCCUCAGGUACAGUAAUAUUCCACAUUCAUAUGAAAUAGGUAUUUUUUAAAUUUAAAGGUGAAUAAUUUUCUUGACCUAGUGAUAUCCUGCAGUACGACAAAAGGCAGUGGAAGAAAAAGAAUUAAAACAUGAAUAUCAUAAUCCCAAAUUAUAACCUGCCUUUGCAACAUUACAGUUUGCACUUUGGUAAACCAAUGCAAAUAAUUGGUUGCUACAAAUAUUGUAAAAAUAUAUACAUAGACUUUGAUAUAAUAGAAUUUGUGUAAUAUGUAUACAUCAUUAUUUUGUAAAUAAAUGUUUCUUUUUAAAUUUACUGUUGGUAUAUGUUUAUGGUAAGAAAGAUUCAAGUUAACCUGUACUUUAGUAUACACAAAUACAUAUUCUAGCAAUAAAAGCAAUUUUGGAUAUCAGUGCAAACAAACAGUAGAUAAAAUAAUGGAUAUAGCAACAAAGUAAUCCAUAGGAUGGUUAUGCUAAUUUUUUUAUAUUGUGCAUAAAUGAUGGGUGUUUACAACGUUUUUAUGGGUUACUGUUUUCAUUUUGAUCAACCAUUGAUUUUCCAUACUUCUAAUGUUGUACCCAUUAAUGAUGAUAGUACCAAAACCUCCUAUUUCAUUUCAUUUUUUGUAAAUGUAAAAAAAAUUACAACAAAAUAUUACCUUUAUUUUAUAAAUGAU